ACCGACCAGCAUUCCAUCCCGCUUCGUGAGAGUUUCAUGUUAAAAUAUAUGUCCAGCUGUGUUUUGUCAAACCUAAGACUGGUUGAAUUAAGCUUGCUUUUAUUUGUUUCCAUGUCGCUUGUCGGCAGUUUAUAUACACUAAAUGUUUGCUGAAUAAUUGUUGUAACUAUUGAUGGAGGAGCAGCAGAGCCCAGGCUCCGCUGGAGGUGGAGGAGAGCGGUCUUUGCAGGAUCUGGAGGUGGAAAAGGAGAACCUCGCUCACGAGAUAGCUCCAGAAGAAGAGGAAGAAGACGAAGAAUCUCUUCCACACUCCGAGAUCCUGGAUAUUUUCGAGGAGGGCCUGGCUCAACUCGUGCAGGACCCUUUGCUCUGCGAUCUGCCAAUCCAGGUGACUUUGGAAGAGGUGAAUUCACAGAUAGCUUUGGAGUAUGGCCAAGCAAUGACUGUGAAGGUUUUAAAGGCAGAUGGAGAAAUUAUGCCCAUAGUGGUGGUGCAAAAUGCCACUGUCCUUGAUCUAAAGAAGGCCAUUCGUAGAUUCAUGGAGCUAAAACAGCAACGAGAAGGUGGAGUAAAACAUGUCAGCUGGAGAUAUGUUUGGAGAACAUUUCAUCUAGUGUUUCAGGGGGAGAAGCUUGAAGAUGACUCGACCAGGCUCAAAGACUAUGGUAUCAGGAACAGAGAUGAAGUGACGUUCGUUAAGAGACUCAGGAAGAAGUGACAAAGACACAUCACCAAAAAAAACUCAAACUUCAAAAGAAUGUGCCAAUGACUUGAAAUUACUUGAGAUUCCUUAUUCCUUAUGAAUGUUUCCUGAGAACAAGGAUCUUUCUAAAAACAUUUUCUACCCAGCUGGCAUCCAAACUCUUUAUUUAAAAAGACAAAACAAAAAAAAGUACAUUUUUCCCAUGUACUAUUUACUGCGUGUGUGCAUGUUUUUUGUGUUGCACAUUAAAAAAAAAAAGAUUAAAAUCACAAAUUUGAAGAUAUAUGUAAGCUUUCAUGUUUCAUUUGUGCGUGUCAGUGUGUUUGUGCCACCUCUGUUGCUGCUCCUAAAAAAAGAGUUUGUUGGAAGGCAAUGAUUUGAAUAUUUCCUGAUAGACAUAAACACUGCUUCCUUGUUUAGCGUAAAUUAAUGUGAGGUGUGAAGGAUACGGCAGCUGCUGAAAAGGUUUGGUCAUUGAGUCUUUU